AAUUCAAAACAAUUCAGUUAAGACUUCAAAUUGUUCCGGAUAAAGGAGAAAGCCUUCAGCAAAAGGAUGGUCUGACUGACAGGUCAGCUUCAGAGUAAAUCCAAGCCUGAGAAACAGCAAUACAGAGGUUUUCCAAGAGCAGAAGAAAUGAGCACAGAGACACCUUCCAACUUAAUCAAACAUGCAGGGCAGACAAGCAUUUCAUCUCUGGAAAAUAUAACUGAUUUUACCUUAAAUAUCACUGACUGCAACCAAGUCGUGGUGCCAGAGGAAGUUUUUUUCACUGUUGCUGCUGCUGGCAUAGUGGAAAAUCUACUUGUCCUUGUUGCUGUCAUCAGAAAUAAGAAUUUGCACUUGCCAAUGUACUUCUUCAUUUGUAGCUUAGCCAUUUCAGACAUGUUAGGCAGCUUGUACAAAACUCUGGAGAACAUCUUUAUUAUCUUGUGUAAAAUGGGGUACCUGACACGUCGUGGGGACUUUGAGAAAAAGCUGGAUGAUGCUAUGGAUUCCAUGUUCAUUCUGUCUUUGCUGGGGUCCAUUUUCAGCUUGCUAGCUAUUGCAGCAGACAGAUACAUCACUAUCUUCUAUGCUUUGCGGUACCAUAAUAUAAUGACACUACAAAGGGCUGUGGUCAUCUUAGCAAUCAUUUGGACAUUCUGUGCUGGCAGUAGCAUUGCCAUUGCCCUCUUCUCCCAUGAAGUAGCUACAGUUAUUCCCUUCACCAUCCUCUUCCCUUUAAUGAUGUUUUUUAUACUAUGCCUCUAUAUACAUAUGUUCCUCCUAGCUCGAUCUCACGCUAAAAAGAUUGCCUCACUGCCCACCAGUGCAGUCCAUCAGAGAACUAACAUGAAAGGAGCCAUUACACUGACUAUUUUCCUUGGAGUCUUCCUUUGCUGUUGGGCCCCCUUUGUUCUUCACAUCCUUUUAGCAAGGUUUUGCCCACACAACCCUUAUUGUGCCUGCUACAUGUCUAUUUUCCAUGUGAAUGGGACCCUCAUAAUGUGCAAUGCAAUCAUUGAUCCUAUGAUUUUUGCAUUCCGAAGCCCAGAAUUACGGAGUACAUUUAAGAAGAUGUUCUGCUGUGCCAGGUAUAACUGGACGUGGUAGAAACUAAAUGAGGGUGAACAUUAUAGAAGCACACCCAUGCAACAUCAGCUUGCAGAGUUAAAAAUACUGACCCAAAAUAAUACUACACCUGCGGGGCGCUGCUAAUGAUUUUUAGAGGACUGUAAAAGAAUACAUAUGAGCAAAGUAUCCAGACAAGUCUUUGCCAACCAAACAUCCAGAAAUACUACUGAUUAAGUGAAUUCUGCUGAUAAUUUUCAUGCAACAGUCUAAAAAUAACUGCAUCAACUAUCUUUUAUCAUUUCAGAGAAGCUUAAAUGUAUAUCUUCUGUAUCAAGCCUUGCAU